GGGACACAAUGUCAGAACCUCGGGCAGAGGGAAGGGACGAGGGAGAGGGAGAGGGAGGGGGGCUUAUAAGGACCUUGGGGACACCCCAAGAAGAAAAGUGGGCCAGUUGACGCGUAUCAAGAGCUUUGAUUUGACCAAGGAGCAAGUAGAGGAAGCAGAGGAAGAAGAUGAGGUGUAUGAGAAGGUGGAAAUGUCUGUAGCAGUGGCUGAUGCUCAGCCUCAAACCCCUGUCGCCGUGCCUGUUACAGUCUCCUUGCAGGAUGGACCAAUGAGGAACUGUGUUGCUCCCGAGAAAGGGGAUGCACAGAUAAAGGAGAGCAUGUUGACUGAGGGCUCAGGGCUUGCUGCUGCAGUGGAAAAGGGAGGUGGGAAUGGGAGAGGCACGGAGAUGAUACUGUUUGGAACCACGGGCAGGGGAGCACUCGUAGUUAGAGGUCACGGGAGAGGGAUGGCGAGACCUUCGAUUACGUCGAAAGUGGAAGUUAACGUUGAAAUAAAAGGGGGUGUUGUCAUCAGUUCUAAAGCGGAUGCCUUAAAUCAGUCAGUGUUAGUGCAGGGGGAAAACCAAAGUGUACAGAUGCACCAUGGAGACCAGAUUUACCCCAGCUCAGUCAUCUGUCCACUGGGCAAUGGAGACACAGUAAACCUGUCUGACACUGAAGGAGAGCUGGAGGAGGACGACAACAUGAUUGUGUGUGAACCUGGAAAUGGGCUGCUGUCCAUCUUAGGGCAGUCAGGUCAUGCUUCAAGAUCACAGCCUCCCCAGGACCUUGACUCUAAAAUGCAAGUGGACCAAAUCCCAGAUGGAACAGACCAAGUUUCUUUUCCAGUAACACUGUCCAAUGGAAAUGUCACCACACUAACAGACCCUGGCCACACUAUGGAGGUGGAAACUGCUCAUCCGGUUUCCUCUCCAAGUCACUGUCCUAUCACAGUGGGCAGCGUGCAGCACGGCCGGCCAUUAAGAGACCACAGGCUGUACUGUUGUACUGGUACGUGGGAGAAAGAUGAGAUGGAAGAAAUGAUGGAUAUGAAUCGGUCACAAGAAACAGAAAUGGAUGAAAAGAUGCAGAGCGAAGAAACCCGGGAGCAGCUUACUGAUAUGAUCCACGAGUUUCUGGAGAGCUUCUAUAUCAAAUAUGGCAGUUUCAUUCCUCUCAGUGAAUAUGAUGUCCUGGAGCACCUGAAGAAGAAAGGCAACUCUGACCUCAAAAACAGUGGACUGGACAUCAAAAGGGAGAUGACUCGGUACCGGACGGGGCUGGCCUCUGCUCCCAUCGCAGGCUUCAUGGUCAUGUACAAUAAACACACUCUGAGCCUGGAGGACCUCGGCACGCUGGAGGAGCAGAACUGGCUUAAUGACCAGAUUAUCAACAUGUAUGGAGAACUCAUUAUGGAAGCGACGGAGCACAAGGUUCAUUUUUUCAACAGUUUUUUCCACAAGCAGCUGGUUGCCAAAGGUUAUGAUGGUGUGAAGAGAUGGACUAAAAAAGUCGACCUGUUCUCCAAGUGGCUGUUGCUAAUUCCCAUCCACUUAGAAAUCCACUGGUCUCUCGUCACGGUCACCAUGGCAACCAAAACCAUCAGUUACUACGACAGCCAGGGGAUCGUCUUCAGACACACCACAGACAACAUUAUGAAGUACCUUCAGUCCGAAGCCAGAGAGAAGAAACAGACGGCUUUCCAGAAAGGCUGGAAGAUUACCAUCAUCAAGGGGAUUCCUCAGCAGAAAAAUGACAGCGACUGUGGAGUUUUUGUCCUUGAGUACUGCCGCCGUCUCUCGGUGAAGCAGCCUCUGCAGUUCAGUCAGGAGGACAUGCCUCGCAUUCGCAAGAGAAUCUACAAGGAGCUGUGUGACUGUCGCCUCAACGACUGAAGGGCAGGACGGCGGUCGCCUUCACUCCCUGGCUGCUUUCCUGGUUACGUGAGACGGUCCCUCCAGGUCUGUCAGACGGGCCGUUUCACUGACAGCCGGCUACAUAAGCUAACACAACCUGGCCUUCUGUAUUCCAGGGAGCCCUCACCACCAACCUGCCUGACUGACAGCACAGUGGCCAUCACUUGGGACUUUUACUGACUUCUGGAGUUCAAUAGCAGAUUUUUACUUGCAGAGAACUACUGACGUGGCGCCCUACUGACCCUCAACAGUGCUGGACCUGGACACUUCAGGUUGUUUUUGCUUUCUACGUUCACCAUCCUGAGAGGCUAUUGAGCAAACAGCCCCCUUUACGGACACAACGGAGCGCUGACUUUGACUUAGGAAACUAGUGUUACACCAACCCGGACCAAUGGGACGGACAUCCAGCCCAGACGGAGUGGCCUUACCUCGUAGAUGGCCAUUUUAAACGGACAUUUUUAGCAGUUCAUUUAAUGCUGGACUCUACAGCAGUAUCAUACUUACGGUUAUAUGCAUGUUUGAUAACAUGUUAAUAAAGCAGUGGACCAGCUGUUCACUUUAAACUUGAAGGUUUGAGUCGGGUUCUCUGGGACGACAGAUGUUUGCACGGUUAGAGGCCGAUCCAUUGAAGUCUAGAAUAUCACCUGAAUGUAAUGAUGCGAUGUUUUCUUCUUCUGGCCGUGCGGUCUAACGGCCUCAGGUGGGAAAUAGUAUUUUUGCAAGGUAGUUUUUGUUCCAUGUAUCAGGUUUUUGACACCUUAUUAUAAUUAAUUUCUUAAUAAAAUUCCAGUUUUCCCAUGACAUUAUGUACUUUUUUCCUUUUUUUUUUUUGGUUUUUGCUGUGACCACAUUCUAACAGUAGAAUUUGAACAAGCAUUCUUCUUCAGCCAAUCGAUUAUUUGAUGUUACUUUAACAUUUCAACCCGUCAGUUUUUCAGGCUGUACAGCGAGCUGCUGCUAUGAGGACCACCGUUUGGGAUUUUGAGCUGGGGGAUGCAUUAACACGGGCGUGGAGGGUCGUGGCCUCCUAACAGAGAAACAAGUGGACCUCAGCUGUUUUGGUUAAAUCUUCUGUCCGACCUUGGUUUUGUUGUUCUAUUCACUUCUAUGUAUUUACAGAUUGUAUUGUACCCUGACUGGCCUACUGCUGUAUGUGCUUGCUUUGGCUAAAAACCACCACGGUUUUCUGGACUGUUUUUAUUGUUGUUAUUAAAAGGCCAGUACUGCUGGGA